AAGCACUUCAAAGUUGUAAGGGCUCACGAGGAGAUAACUCAUCUCAACGUCGAGAUUGCACGGCUCCAUGCAUGGAUCGAUCAAGAGGAUGCUCAUCUUUCGUCAGUUGCCACCUCACUUCUCGCAUCCAAUCCACUACUCAGUCAAGAAGUUCAACAUCGAUAUGAAGAACGUCAUCGGGUGAACAAUGUUCACCGUGCAAGACUACAAGUCAUUUAUGACUUACCAGGUUACAGUGGG